AAAAAAAUUUACAUUUUAAAGUGAAGCAUAAUAUCAAAUGGAACGCAUUUAUACAAAAACAAUAUCAAUUGAUUACAGUUAUUUAAUUCUAUUAUCCCAUCUCAUAUCUCAUAUCCUAAUAUCCUAAUUUUUUUGAUUUUUCUUAUUUUUUAUGGAAAAAAUAAGCUUUUAUCUAAAAACUUUUAUUUAAUUAAUCAAUUAUUUCCAAAAAGCUCAUAUUCACUGUAAAGAAUAUGCUUACUAACGUCUUUCUAGCGAGGCUAUUGUAUUGUUUGUAUUAUGACCAUGUGGCCAUUCCAUCACAAUCAAAUUAUUCGCCACGGAACAAGUUUUUCUUUAAUAUUUUCUUUAUAUUUAUUUUAGAUAUAAAAUAAAGCAUUAUGUCUUCUCACGAGACUAUUGGUUGGAUUAUUACGGACAAUUAUGUCAAAGAUAGAAUGAUUGACAAUUCAUUGAUACAUAAAUUUACAUCAUCGCCAAAAAUACGAAGAAGAACAAAAGCACUCAACGCCAAAAUAAAAAAAUAUUGUGGUGUGAAAGAUUACAAACAGUAUGUAAAAUUAAAGACUGAUGUUAUACGGAAUAUGAUUGAGGAUACUGAUACUGAUAACUCUGGCAAUCUAUCUGAUACCGAUUAUGAUAUUAUAUAUAAUUCUUCGAUACAACAGAACAAACAUUCAGGUGAUGAUCCUGAAAGGUAUUUUACUGAAAAAGAUUAUGAAGAUUUUAAAAGGAAGAUUAACAGCAAGGAGGAGAACAAUAUCAAAAAUAUAAAAUCAAGCACACCAAAAAGAAGAUUAUCGCCAACAUGUAAUACUCGUUCAUCUAAAAAAUGUAUUAAUAUAAAAAACAUUGCUAAAGUUGAAACAAUUGCUUCAGAAAAUUCUAAGGAUGCAAAUAAUGAUAAUAUUUUAGAGAAACAAAAUAAUGAAAAAGAGAAAAAUUCUUCCCGAUCAAAUCUAAUUAAUAAGAAAAUUAAAAAUCAAAAAAUUUCUUUAACGAAUCAGGAAAAUAAAACAAAAUUUGUGAAAGCAGAAAAAAGUAUUCAAAAACAGCAAUCAUUAGCUCUUAAGAAAAAUGAUGCAAAAAAUGUGCAUUCCAAAUCUUGUGAUAAUAUUUUAGAAGAAGAAGAUAGUAGAGAAGAAGAGUCCUCUGAUAGAAAAGUAAGAAAUUUUCUUCAAUUAAAUGAAAUUGAUAAGGAUGCAGAAAUUUGUCUGAUAAAUCAGGAAGAUAAGAAUGGGUUAUUGAAUCAAUCUAUUGUUUCUUAUAAAAACAUGCAUUCUAUGGAAUCAGAAGACUCAUCCGAUAAUCAUAAACAGCGAUCAUUAUUUCCUAAGGAGGAUCAGGUAAAGGACGUACAUUCAAAAUCUUGCGAUAAUAUUUUAGAAGAACGAAAUAGUAGAGAAGAAGAAUCCUCUGAUGGAAAAAUAACAAAUUCUCUUCAAUUAAAUGAGAUUGAUAAAGAUGGAGAAAUUUAUCUGAUAAAUCACGAAGAUAAGAAUGAUUUAUUAAAUCAAUCUACUGAUUCUUAUAAAAAAACGCAUUCUACAGAACCAGAAGAUUUGUCCGAUAUUCAUGAGGAGCGAUCGUUAUUUUCUAAGGUGGAUCGGGUAAAAGAUGUACAUUCAAAAUCUUGCGAUAAUAUUUUAAAGGAACAAGAUAGUAAAAAAGAGGAAUCUUUUGAAGAAGAAAUAACAGAUUUCUUCCAAUCAAACCAAAUAGAUAAAGACACAGAAAUUUAUUCAAUUAAUCAUCAAGAUGAGAAGCAUUCUGUGAAAUUAAAAGACUCCUGUAAUAUUGAAAAACAGCAAUUUUUACCUAAAAUUACCUAUAGUGAAAUUAUCAAUAAAAAGUAUACUAUAAUAAACAAACAAGAUAAUAAUAUCAAUAUUGAAAAAAAUGAUAUUAAUUCCCAAAAAGAAAUGUCAAAAGUGGAAGAACUUGACAACAAUGUAUUGAUGACAACAUUGGAAACUGACAAUGAAGAAGAUAAUGCAAAUUACAUAUCACCUGAAACUAAAAAGCGGCUUCAACAGCAGGCAAAAUUAAAUUUAGUUGUCAACAGUGAUUCCAGUCUGAGUAAUGAUGAAUAUAUAACCAAUAAAACAUCGAAAAAGUUUGAUGAUUCUCAUACAAAUUCUGAUGAUUCUCAUGAUUCUGAUACAAAAGAUAUGUUGGAGAAUGAUGAAAUUAAUUGUGAAAAGAUUGACACAGAUAUUUUACAUAACAAAGAUAGUAUAUGCAGCAAAGAAGCCACACCAGUUCCUACAAAAGAAAAAGAAGAUUCACCAAACAUAAAAAAAGAGAUAAGAAAAAAAGAAGAUAAAACUGUAUUACUAACAAACUGUACAUAUGAAAAUAACAAUUUAUCUAAAUCUACUGCAAGCAAAAGUUCAUUAAAGGAAAUACAAUAUUGUGAAAAUGUAUAUACAAUGUAUAACAAUGAUGAUAAUCAGAAUGAAAAUUUUAUAGAAGAAGAAAGUUUUCAGUUGAGGGUUUCUGAAAAUAAUAUUUCGUGCAUUAAUGAAGAAUCUAUAAAUCAAUUUUCAAAAAAUAAAUCUUUAUUAGAUAAAGAGAAUUUUUGUGAUAAAAGCAAUCAAAGCGAAGACAGAAUGAACGAUUGUACUAGCGAACUUGGAGCUUGGUGUAAGCCUAGUCAUGAACAAAACAAACAAGUAUCGACAAAUCAUUCAAAUGUGCAGCUUAAUAUCUCCAGUCAUAGACCAUAUAAUUUACAGCAAUUAGUCGAGGACGAAAAAUUACUUGCAGAAACAAUACCAGCGAGUUUUAUGCUGGCAGAUAUUUGUGAAGAUGACGAAGCUUUUAUUUUGAAUGUUCCAAAUAAUGUCUUACAGUGCAAUCUGCAAGGUCAAUUGCUAUCAUUAAAAGAAAAAACAAUAAAAUUUGGAGAAAAUAAAUACAGAAUUGUGCGUAGAAAAGUGGGUACUGUAUCUUGCAUUUUUGCUACUGGUAAACAACGAAGACCUUACAAGACAGUGAAUAUUAAAGAAAUCAGCACUAUUACUGUACGAGAAAAAUUGUCACAUUGUUUGAAAUCAGACAUAUCAAAUUCUUAUGAUAUUUCUUUCGAGUCGGAAUCGCCAAACAUAAAUAAUAAACUAACAAAUGAGCUUCAAAAUACAGCUUCAAAAAUAAAAAUUGAUCACAAUAAGCGCAAACGAAGAAGUUCAGAUCUUGAAACUGAACAAUUCGCGAGUACUAAAAGGACUAAAAAAGGACGAUUAAAAUUGAUUCAUUCAUAAUAUGUAAGAGCAUCUCCAACGAGAGGAAUCUAAAAAACUAUUUUAUUAUAAUACAAAAAAUAUACUAAAUUUUUUACAAGAUUUGAGUAAAUAUACCUUGUGUGAGAAAACAAAAAUUUUUAAUACUGAUAAUAUUAUUGCACUAUUAUAUCAAUGCCCAUUUUUCUACAAUUCUUAUUUAAACUUGACAAUAAUGUGCAUAUUACUAUUGUCAAGUAUAAUUUUUAUGGCAUUGAUUAAUAUAAUAUAAUUAUGUAAAUAGAUGUAAAUAAAUAUAUGAAUAAAGCAAAAAAUUUAGAUACAA